UCUUGCGAUAUAUAUUUUGUUUUUCUCAGUUUUCUUUUUUCUUUUUUUUUUCUUCCAUGACUUUCAUUUCUAAUUUGUUUUAUAUCUCUAAAGAAAAUCCCCAGAAGCCAAAAAAGAAGAAAGAGGAAGCCAACGGCACCACAGAAGGCAAGUCUGAGGCCAAGCCCAAAAAAACAAAGACCAAGAAGAAUGAAGAUGCGUCAGAUGAGGAAAGUCCAGCCAUUCAAAAUGGAAAGAAGGUGAAGAAAAAGAAAACAGAAAAGAGUAAAGAAGAACCAGAAAAAGAAAAGGAGAAAGACAAAGAGAAAGAGCCGAAAAAGAAAGCCAAAAGUGCUCCAAAAAAGAAGAAAGGUUCAGGCACAGACGAUGACGAUGACGAUGACGAUGAUGAGGACACCCCCAAAAAGAAAACAAAGAAAAAGACAACGAAGGACAGCUCUCCAUCUUCAAGUUCUGCCAAAGAGAAGAAAUCUAAAUCUAAAGAAGACAAAGAUUCUGAUGGAAAAGAAAAAAAGUCCAAGUCAAAGGAUAAAGAUAAGGAUAAGGAAAAGGAUAAGAAGAAGGAACCAGCCUCAAUGUUCCAAAUAAACGGAGAUAAGGACUCCAAAAGCAAGAAGAAAGCUGCCAAAUCAGACAGUGAUGAUAGUGAAGUAGAGACAAAGUCAGCCAAGUCAAAGAAGAAAUCCGCCGCCGGCUCAUCAUCCAUGUUCCAAGCAACAGGAGACAAGGACAAAGACAAAGACAAAGACAAAGACAAAAAGACGAAGAAGAAAGGAAAGGCAGAAGAGAGUGAUGAUUCUGACUCAGAAAAAGAGGAAAAAUCAAAGAAGAAAAAGGGCAAAGGGAAGAAGAAAAAGGAGAGAUCUCCAUCACCUGAGAUUGAGUUUGACAACUUGGAGAAGUUUGUGAUGGAUCCAGCUCCGCAGGGCACGACAAUCAAAUGCAGAGUGACUCGGGACCAGCGGGGGAUGGACAAGAGCCUCUAUCCUAUUUAUUACCUUCAUCUUGACAACGAAAAAAAGACAUUCCUGUUGGCUGGGAGGAAAAGAAAGAAAAGCGCAACGUCAAAUUAUCUCGUCUCAAUCGAUGCCACAGAUUUAUCGAGAGGAGGAGAAAAUUUUGUUGGAAAACUGAGGUCAAAUUUAAUGGGGACUAAGUUCACCGUCUUCGACAAUGCUCUAAAUCCAGAGAGAGCUCUUCCAGACAUGUCUAAUGCACGGCAGGAACUAGCAGGCAUCAUUUAUGAAACAAACGUGUUGGGGAUGAAAGGGCCCAGAAGGAUGACGGUCAUCAUCCCGGGAAUGGACAAGGACAAUGAUCGAGUACCCCUCCGACCAAGAAAUGAAUGUGACGGCUUGUUGAUAAGGCACCAGAAUAGAAGGAUGGAAAAUCUGAUCGAGCUUCACAACAAGACGCCUGUGUGGAACGAAGAAACAGCGUCUCAUGUGCUCAACUUCAACGGCAGGGUCACCCAGGCCUCCAUCAAGAACUUCCAGAUAGUCCAUAACAAAGACUUGGACUACAUCGUGAUGCAGUUCGGACGAAUAGCCGAUGACAUUUUCACGCUGGACUUCAAGUACCCGCUGUGUGCCGUACAGGCCUUUGCCAUCGCACUUUCGAGCUUUGACGGCAAAAUCGCCUGUGAAUAACAGAAAGAUCCCCAGUCGUCUAUUCAUACUGAAACCAGUGUGCAACACAUCCACACCCACAUCAGACCAACCCACGUCUUUGGACUCGCCUCCAUCGCUUUCUGCGAUAGGCACUGAUAACGAAUGAUGACAAUACCUGCUGCUGUGCUGUCACCUUUAUGGGUGUGUGAUUUCCCUCCGGGAGUUGAGACACAAAAUUGGUCUCAUGUUAUCAUCAGAUCUUGCACGGCAUGGCAACAGGAGAGUCUUGCUUUUUUGUCUUUGUAAUCAGUGGAAACGUUCACACUUUCUGUGAAUCACAGAAAGAAACACAAAACUUGGAUGGACUCCAGUCACUGGAGGGUUUUUUUAAUGAGAUGAUGGUACACCUCAAGGAUGAAGGUGUUGAAUAUUACUAACAUCAUUAAAGGAUGUUAAACUGUGUUAUGUUUUGGCUUUGUUGUGCUGUAUUUUAUUGUAAUGCUAUAAUGGGCUGUAUUUGAAAUAUCAAGAGGUCACCAGUGUCUUGUGUCGGAUGUGACUGUGACUGACGACACCAAAAAUGAAGUCAUGACAAGAAUGUUUAGUUUCUUUAAGGCAAAAUUUAAUUUGAAGAGAGUUUGUUGACAUAUCAACAAUCUGAACAAGUGGCACACUGUUACAAAAAACUGAUAGCUUUAAAAAUUAGAUUACUUUUAUUAUUAUUUCUAUUUUAACAGCUGUCUUACACAAUGGACUGUAUUUUAGUGACUUUGGAACAUGAGUUCCAGGUAUGCGGCAUUAUUACUGUAAAGUGACAUAGCAUUUUAGAAUAGGAGUGUCUGUAGUUCUUGGUAUUUAUAUUUAACCUGAAAUAUUUCAACAAAGUAUUCAAUCUAUUUAAGUUUUAUUACUCUGCAGAUUUCUCUGAUGAGUGGGUCUCAUUUGAGCUCCUGUAGAAUUUUCUAUUUGUGUGUUUUUUGGUUCCAGCAUUUUGUAAAAUUCAUUUAUUUUUCUGAACACUGCCUUUGUUUCAUUU